GAUCAGCUGUUGCUACAUAUUUCAUAGAACAGUUUAUUUCACAUUCUUCUUAGUAUAGCAAAUUUAUAAUUUUGUAAAUUUUUUUACGGCCAAGUGAAACAAAAGUUUAUAAACAAAUAUUCAAACUCGACUUUGUGUGGAAAUUAUUGAAAGGGAUAUGUGCAUGCAAAUCAAUUUAAAAGAAAGAAUCCCAUGUAAGAGGCAAUUGUGGGGAAUAUAAGAGAAGCGGCGGUGAUUGGCUGCUACUGCUGUUGCUCGUAACACACGGAGUUACGUUUAUUAUUAAAUGAAUUAUAAAUUACAGCUUAUGCUGAUUGCUAAUUAGUCAUAAAUACAUUACCACGGCCGAUACGAACACAUUCAGUGGAAUUGCUGAUUUCGAUUGGACUAGUCGAACAAGUAAUUUAAUUGCAAAAAAUUGUAAUAAUUAGUGGAGUAGGGAAAAGUGAAAGUAAAAAUGUCCUACGAUACACUUAAUAUAGAAGGUGAAAAGCGAGAGCCGGCUUUGCUACAAAAACAUGCAAAAUUCUUUGUGAGAUUUUUAAAUUUGCUACCAGCGCGUCUAGCUUCACAUGACUCCACCAGAGGUACCAUUGCAUUCUUUGCCGUGUGUGGUCUGGAUGUGCUGAACUCACUGCCACUACUUACGCCACAAAUGCAAAAGGAUAUAAUCGAAUGGAUUUAUGGUUGUUUGGUAAUUUCACAAGAGGGAGAGAGAAAAAGUUGCAGUGGUUUUCAGGGUUCGCGCUGUGUAAAUAUCAUUUCCGAUGAUGAGCAACUGCUUGCCAAUGCCAGAUGCUAUCAAUGGGGCCACCUUGCGAUGACAUACACCGGUAUUGCCAUAUUAGUAACGCUUGGGGAUGACUUAAGUCGUCUGGAUCGAAAAAACAUUGUCGAUGGUGUCGCGGCAGUACAACGUCCUGAUGGCAGUUUUAGCGCCUGCAUAGAUGGGAGUGAGAACGAUAUGCGUUUCGUAUUUUGUGCAGCUGCCAUUUGCCAUAUGUUGGAUUAUUGGGGCAAUGUUGAUAAAGAAAAUAUGUUUCAGUUUAUAAGAAGUUGCAUUCGUUAUGAUAAUGGCUUUAGUCAGUAUCUGGAAGGAGAAGCUCAUGGGGGUACUACAUUUUGUGCAUUAGCUGCGCUUGAGUUGAGUGGCCAGCUGCAUCGCUUGGACGAAACUACGAGGGAAAAUAUAAAACGUUGGCUGAUUUUUAGACAAGUAAAUGGUUUUCAAGGUCGACCCAACAAAACCGUAGACACUUGCUACUCCUUUUGGAUUGGUGCAGCGCUGCGUAUUUUAGGUGCCUUCGAACUAAUCGAUUAUGCUGAGAAUCGCGCAUAUAUUAUGGAAACACAAGACAGUAUAGUAGGUGGCUUCUCCAAAUGGCCACAAUCUACAACCGAUCCAUUCCAUACGUACUUUGGCCUUUGUGGUCUAUCGUUUAUGAAUGAGCCUGGUUUAUUGGAAGUUAUGCCCAGUUUGAAUAUAUCUACGCGCGCUUAUAAUCGCCUGAAGCAACUGCAUGCGAAGUGGCAAAUUGAUAGUGCAGAUGAAACAUUGCCAAGUCACGACACGUCGGUAUCAAAGCUCAGCAGUGAUGAAAAUUCAACGUCCGUUACCUCGCCGCUUAUAGCAGCACAAUAAUGCGCAUUUGUUCUAGCCAUUUAUAUAAAAAUAUAUUAAGCUAAAAUGAUGUUGUUGGAAGUGAUUCAUGAUCGGUUGGGCAUUUGUUUUAUCGGUACGCAACUUACUUAUGCUGGUGUAAUUAUCAUUAUUUUUAGAAUGUUGUUUUGUAGGACGCUUUUUUGCAGCUUACAUAUUUUCCAGCCCAGACUUUUUGCUAACAAUUUAUUAAAGAAAUAACUCGACCAGUUUUAUUUUAUACCCUAUAAAUGUCUGAUUCUAAUGGAUUCGUCCUUUGCGUUAAUUAAAAAAAUUCAAUUGUCCAUGAUAACAACCAAGUGUACACGGUUCAGUUAAGUCGAGAGAAUCCAAUCGUAUUACAUGUUUCGAGGGAAACUAUUGUGAAAGCAUAAGCACAACUAUUUUUUAAUAGUAUUUAAUUAUAUUUGUCGGUAUUGUAAAUAAAAUCUUACAAAUAAAUUUAACUUAAAAUAUUUUCUA